CCGGACCAACCAAACCCUUUGACUCCACACAACACAAGAAAUCAGUUUUGUUUUCCACUCAUGAGUGAGCAACUCAAACGAGACUACCAAAUCUGCGACGAGAUCGGCCGGGGUCGAUUCGGCGUCGUUUUCAAGGCCGUCAAGAACGGCGACGUCUUCGCCGUCAAGUCCAUCGACAAGCGACUGGCCUCCGGCGACUCCCUCGACGCUCAGUGUCUUUUAACCGAGCCGAAGAUCCUCCGCCUGGUGGCUCCCCACCCCAACGUGAUCGGCCUCCACGGGCUUUACGAGGACGAGGACCAUCUCCACAUGGUUCUCGACAUGUGUGACGUGCCGGAUCUGUUCCGACGCGUCACCCUCAGGUUAUUCGCUGAGCCGGAGGCCGCCUCGGUAAUGUCGCAGCUCAUGCAGGCUGUGGCGCACUGUCACCGGCUCGGCGUGGCCCACCGCGAUAUCAAGCCGGAUAACGUGCUGUUCGACGGCUGGGACCGGCUCCGCCUCGCUGACUUUGGAUCGGCGGAGACGUUUGGCGAGGGGGAGCUGAUGAGCGGCGUGGUCGGGACGCCGUACUACGUGGCGCCGGAGGUCCUUGCCGGGAGGGAGUACGGGGAGAAGGUGGACGUCUGGAGCGCCGGCGUGGUUUUGUACAUAAUGCUGGCCGGUUUCCCGCCGUUUUACGGCGAGUCUGCGGCGGAGAUCUUUGAGGCUGUGCGGAGGGCGAAUUUGAGGUUUCCGGCGAGGGUUUUCCACUCUGUCUCGCCGUCUGUGAAGGAGUUGUUGAGGAGGAUGCUCUGUAAGGACGUUUCUAGAAGAUUCUCGGCUGAGCAAGUCCUCAGAUUGUUUGUUUGGGUAUACAGGACACCCAUGGAUUACAAGUGGGGGAGGGGCCAGAUCGAGCUGUGACUGAUCAUUAAGCCUGAAGCAUCUAAAUUACGUUAAGCCUAAUAAGAUAUCAUAUAUAAAGCUCCUGAUGUAAAUAUACGUGUAAUGUGGACAAAUGGUGAUGGAAGAAACGAGAGCAUUUGUAGUUGCUGUCUCGGAAAAGUAAGCGAGUUUUUAUUAUCCACGCUUGGCUUGUAUUGGUGGUCGGAGAUGUGUAAUGAAAGCGGCGGAGUUUCCUAUA